UCUGCCUGCUCUGCUCCCCGCUCUGGCUCUGGUGAAUUCUCUCGCCCUCCCGCGCUUCUGACUGUGCCCAGUGCUUGUAUAAAAAAAAAAAAAAAAGUGGAUUGCAUCUUAGUAUUUCCCUCCUUUUCUGAUGUUUUUCUCAGGGUGGGAAGUAUGUAUUUAUUGUGACAGAAAAUAGUGUAUUUUAAGCCCAUGUAAAUUAUUGAUAAAUGCAGGAAUUGUAAUUAGAAAUGGUAACAUUGGAUUGAAAAGUGAACACAUACAGCAAAAAGAAACCCAAUUAACAACAGUAGGAAACAGUUAAAUGUUGAGCCUUUAAAAAAGAAUAAACCCUUCUAGUUUAUAAAUUCCCACUUUUAAAAAACCCCAAUUUAAAAGACUGCUUGCACCUUUGAUGCAUUCAUCCACUAGUUUCCCUGAUGUUUUACAAUAUAAGAUCCUUUGUCGUUCUCAUUGACGAUAUGGGAGCAGAAGUUUUCCUUUAUGCUGGCUCAGAUCUGGGGAGAAUGUCUUGCUUGGUGGUCAGUUAGCUUUUUGGUAACAUCUAGGUCAUCGUGAAAUAUGACUGAGAUGAGUAUUUUACAAUCUGGAAUCCAUCUCUAAGGAGAUUUACCCUUGACCAACUCAUCUUGGCUGCACUGUUUCUUGGACCAAGAUUGAAUAGUGCCCCAUCCAGUCCAGGCCUGCUCUCAAGUCUGGGCUUGUAAGACCCCCACCCUCCACAAUGCUGUUGUAGCCUCCUCUUUUCAAAGAAAUGGAGCUCAUGCAAAGGGCAGGCAGAGAGCUACUGUGCCUUUCAUUGUCCCAACUUGGAGCCAGUGGCCUUUUGAUUUUGGUGACCCUUGCUUUUUAUCAUAAGGGUCCCUGGCAUUUUCCAGUUUCCAUGAGUGAUAGGCACUCUUUGCCAUACUUGUCCUGUGGGGGGUUCUGUGUUCGUUCUUGUCCUGGCUGCAUGUGCUGUAGCUCCUGUCACUGCUGUAAGUUCAACAUAAAUAAAAAGAAUAUCUCAAAUGGAUAAAAAAUGGCUGCCUGGUUGUAGUUUGUGGGCUGGGUUAAUAUUUUGUUGGGUUCUGCACAUGGAAUUCUCUCAUUUUCCCGAUUCUAAACAUGCCACUCAGCAAUCAGGUGGAGGCCUUUGGAAUUCCGUGGUGACAUCAUAGAGGGGCUUCUUUGGAUGUAGGGACGACCGCCAAGAUGUCUGAGACGAGUGGGAAGUCGAAAAUCAGUCAACUGCUAUCAGGUUUAGUCAGCAAGUUAAACCAGGGAGCUCAAAUUGAGUCAGGGUUAAAGCCAGUGUCUCCCCAUGACUUAAGAGAAAGCACUCAACACGAAAAGCUACCCAUCCCUGGCAGAUUAAAGAACACGGAGGGUGUUAUCUCCCCGAUGCCAUCCAAGACCACCUUAACUCAGAGCCAGACACGCAAACUCCAAGAGCCUCAGCUGUUUACUGAGCUAGACCUGAAUGAGGUGGAGAAAAUCUUUGUGACCGAUGCUGACUCAACUGGAGCCAUGGACAUGAAAACUUUCAUUAAUGGUAUGAGGAAGAUUCUGAGCAACCUGUCAGAUGAGCUGCUGGAGGCGCUGUUUCUGAAGAUCGACGCGGACUGCAAGGGCUCUGUGACGUGGGAGAAGUACGUGGAUUACAUGAUGCGGGAGUUCCAAGGAAAAGAGAAGAUGGCACAGAGCCAGUAUCGCCUGCGCUUUCAGCUCCCCAUGAGGAUCAUCCACCUGAACCACAGCUGUGAGGUGGUGAAAGUGCAGUUCUUAACUCAGCGAUAUAAGAAGACUGGGUAUUUCGUGACUGUCACCAAGGACGGGACACUGCAGAUCUGGUCUGAGUCCUUCUUACUGAUCAACUCUUUUAAGAUCCAGCGGUUUCACAGCCAGCCAAUGUGGGUUAUGGACAUGGUGUGUCUCCACAACAUGAACCUGGUUGCUGUUGCAUCUACAGACCAGAAGAUAGAGUUCUUUGACAUUAGUAAGCACAGAUGUGACCGGGUCUUCACCUUCGUGGACCUGGACAGCUGUGUGCUGGUCAUGGACUACUGGUCUGACUAUCGCAGAGGUGUGUUCUGCUACGGGGACACCAAAGGCAAUGUCAUCAUCUUCAUCUCUGACAGUGUGAACAACGGGCUGUUCAACCCCCACUUCUUCCCCAGGGCCUCCAAAUGGGGUCACAGUCAGUGGUUCACAGUUUCCGUGCAGAAGCUCCUGAGUGAGAUGUCCCCCUUGUUUAGAAGUUACCGACUGAAGGCCUUGCAUUCCAGCUGGUGUGAACAGGUCAAGUUCAUUCCCCAGCUGAACAUGGUGGCCUCCUGUUCAGCCAUCGAGAAGUCCUCUCUGGUGCUGACAAUACUGCCCUCCAGAGACUGCGUAGAAGACCUCAAGUUUUCAGUGAUCAAUUUAAGAAAAGGGAUUCUUUGCUUUGAUUACUGCGCAGACAAGAACUUCCUGGUGACUGGUGGCUAUGACCCCCUCAUCCGUCUCUGGAGUCCCUUCUCGAAAAAGCCGGUGUGGAUGUUGAAGGGGCAUCAGACGUCAGUGAUGCACAUUCUCAUAAGCAGCGACAAGAACAGCGUGCUCUUCAGCAUCUCUAAGGACAAGAACAUCCGAGUGUGGGACCUGCAGGAGUACACGUGCCUGCAGUCCCUCAGCGGGAAGUUCUUUGCCCUGGGAAGCUUCCCUAUCACCAGCACCUACUUCCACAGGGCUGACCAAACCCUCAUCUGCAGCACCUUCUCGAUUGGAAUCCUAACGGGGUACUUGGAUCACCAGAGGCCCAUGAAGGUGGGGGAGAAGGCCAAGGUGGUCGGCAGGUACCUGUGCACCUUCCUCUACAGCAAGAUCUUUAAGCAGGUGGUGAUUGGCUGCCUGAAUGGCCUGGUGACAGUGUGGGAGCUCGUGACAGGCCAGAGGAUGAUGGAGUUCUCUGUGACGAGUGACCAGUCCAUGGAGCUGACCGCCAUGACCCUGGAUGAGUCGGAGCGAUGUCUGCUCACUGGCUUCCGCGACGGCGCCCUCAAGAUGUGGAACUACAGCCUUGGCGAGUGCCUGCUGACCUUCCCCAACCCGGAGGGGCUGGAGAUUAGCGCGAUUAUCCAUAUGAACAAAGUGUUCUACGUGACCGGGUGGAGUAAGAGAAUCACUUGUUUCAUGUUCCACAAGACCAAGCCAGUGCUCCUGUGCCAACACUCGCAGACCUACCACAUGGAGGACAUCCUGAGCAUGGCCAAGUUCCAGAACCAGUUUAUCGGGACCUCCUCCUACAAUGGGGACAUCCUCUUCUGGAACGCCAACAUGCUCAGGCCCAUCCUCAAUUACAAUGCCUCUGAGAGCCCCUUGCCCUUGCUGCUGAAGAAGGUUCAGAUGCAAGAAGGGGAGAACAACCUGCUGGCGAGACAAAAGUCUAGAAGACCCUGUGGAGAUAAGUGGGCACAAAAACCAAAGACAAAGCCCCUGAGCCUUUUAGCCAGGGCGAGAGGCAAUGCCAGGCUGCGGAGGAACAUGAUGUCGGCCCCACCAGUGAUGAGACACCCCAGAAACGAGCCAGGCGUGCAUGUGCACCCAAAGAAAUUUCCCAGCACUGGCAGCCCCAAGUUGUCAGUAACACCCCAGGAUCUCAAGUCAAUUCUCAAAGAAUCUGAAAGAGGAAGAGGCGAUUUCCAGAAGAAGUUGCAGCAGCCCAAUGCCUCGGUGGAGAAGAUAAUCUUCCUGCAGACCAGACCUCGCCUGCCACAAACGGCCGCCCUGCUGAGCAGCUGUAUCGAUGGCUACAUCUAUGCAUGGUCUCUGCAUGGGGCUGGAGGCAUGCUGGGGAAGUUCCCUGUGGACCUCAGAAACGAUAGGGACAUCGUGGUGGGUGCCAUGGCCACUGAUGAAAAUGACUGGAUCCUUAUCACAGGGGAUUGUAAAGGAAUCAUCAAGAUCUGGGACAUCAAAGAUUACUGCGUGUUCACUGAAAAGCUGUCAUCCCAACCCACAGAGGAAAAGACUUUGUUUGAAGUAAACAAGUUCCGGUUUUUAAUUCCUGAACAGGCCCAGAUCAACCUUCCAUACUACAUCCCCUUGGAGGAGAAGGAGGUUGUGGAUGGGCAAACCAUUUCCCUGGUUCCCCCCAAGCUUCUGGCUACCUGGAAGGGCCAUUUGGAUAGUGUGGCCGAAAUCCUGUAUGUGGACAGCUUCCAGGUGGUUAUCAGUGCCGGCCAGGACUGGGAUGUCAAGGCUUGGAAACUCUCCGGUGAAGCCAUUGGGACAUUUGGCCUGAGUAUUUGGAAAAGGCUGAAGGUUGUUGAGAUAAUUGGGGAUGAUGAACUAAGAAUGAAUGUCCAGGGGCAGACUGACCUCACAGAUACCAUCCAGAAGGACUUCCUUCCAGAGUUUCCGGAGAAGGGGGAUCUUGCUGAGGCCCUGGUGUACCAGCGGCAGGAGCAGGCAGCCCUCCUGGCCCUCCUGAAUGGGAAAGGAGACACAGAGGCUGAAGCCUGGGCCAAGCUGCAAAUAGUAGCCUCGAAGUCCCUGUGGCCUGGAGAGCGCUCCCAGGAAGACAUUGAGAACAGCUGGCACAAUUGGGAGUCCAAGGGCAAGCAGGAGAGCAAAGUCAUCGGAGCAGCAUACAAGCCCAGGUGCCGGGCACGGAGCCCUGAGCUCCUGUUCACCAAAGUGCAGUAUGGCUGGAUGAGGUACCAGAUCUCUCCCCAGAUCUACCAAAGUCUUCGCUUCAAUGAACUGGUGCCCACCAGCCCGCUUGACUACUUGCAAAAGGCCCUGGACCAGCAGGGCAGGUUUGCCCUCAAGAUCUGGAGGAAAGUGAACGCUGACAGGGACACCUCAGUGAGCACGCCCACCGCCAUCUCCCUGUUCUCCCCCUCUUGCUCUGCCUCCUUGUCAGCCUCCUUGUCUGAAGCCCCAGCGUCCAGAGCACUGUCUUCCCCGAGGGCCCAGUCCUCCCUUUCCUUGCCGCGGCCCUAGUCGGCCUCCGAGGCCCAGACCACUCUCGCUCCAGUCCCAGGGUCUCAGAACACCCUGCUGAUGUUCUGAGCUCCGCUCCCAGCUCCACUCCUUCCUCCUUCGAACAGUCCCCAAGGCCUCUGAAGGCCACCCCUCUGUCCCCAAUGGAGAUGGGCGGUGUGGCUCCGUUCUGCGACCACCCUUCUCGGUAGACCGCCCUAUGGGACCAGGCCCAUAGGGUCCUGCUUAGGCCCCGCCAGGCACAGAGGAUAGGGACUAGCCCUGACUGUCCCUGUUCUGUCUUGUUGGUGAAGUUGAUCUUUGCCAGAGUUCUGGAGGAGAAAAUAAAUGUUCUUAGAUGUUGGAGUCUCACAGCCA